AUGGUGUUCUUUUCCUCGUUCGUGUCGAGUAUCACUCAUGCGAUGACCAAUCUUCGCUCGAUUCAUGUGCGCAAGAUAGAGCAGGAAAUGUUCAUGGCAAAGUAUUUCAGCGAGUUCCGGAUUUCUCGGGAGUUGGCUUCGCGUUGCCGCCAUUUCAUCACACAGCACCAGAGAAUGGCAUCCAGACGCAUAAAAGGGACGGACAUCCCUUUCAGUAACAUCUUGCCCAAAUUCAUCAAUGAAGAUCUACGUUGCGAGGCGCUUAUACCGUUCCUUAAGGCGCAUCCCUUCUUCGACUUCUACAUGGUGAUCUGCCCCGUGGGUAUGCGGCAGAUCUGUUGCAACGCCACAGAGGAAAUCUCGAUGCUCCCGCAGGAGGAGCUUUUCUGGAACGGCCAGCCUGUGAAUCGUAUGUUCUUCGUGCGGGUCGGGUCCGUGUUCUACACCGACGACAACACUGACAUACCAACUUUGGAAGUGAAAGUUGGCCAGUGGGCCUGCGAGGAGACGCUGUGGUCCAAGGUGUCGCUGGUGUCCAAGCCGUUCACGGCCUCCACACUGGGCUGCGAAAUGAUCACAGUUUUGCCAGCGGAAUUCCAGAUGAUCAGUAAGAUGCACCCUUACCCAUUGAGGUUUUGCGUGAACUACGCAAAGCUAUUCAUCAAUGCAUUCAAUUGUGCGAGUAAGGAUAUCGCGUACCGGAACUUGCUGUUCAACGACAGUCGGGAGUGCACGAAUUUAGUGUUCCACGCUUGUGUUGGCCUUGAUGAUCAGGGCAAACUCAAGAAGCACUUCGGCACGAAACUCGGCCUCAUGAACAGCAUACUGCGGAUCGCCGCGGCUGGGGAGGACGAGACCAGUCAGACCACGCUGGCCAGGGAUCGAGUCAACCUCGCGGAUGCGUCCUGGCCGCUCCGCACGUUUGAAGCCCAGCUCCGCUUCUGCAGGAGACCGCUGCUCUUUUGCGGCUUCUUUCCCAACUGCAUGCUAUCGAAGUCGGCAGGCUGGAUUGCCGACGAGGCCGAGCACCAUGAUGUGCCGACGACCUGCCGGAGCGACCAGGCGGUCCAGCAGGCCCAGGUGGCGAUCAUGGAGGCCGUCGGCAGGAUCACGAAGAUGAGCAAGCACCUGAGAGCCAAGACGACCAUCCCCGAGGCGGUGGUCGCGAAGCUCGAGGCUCUGUUCAAGCUUUGCGACAAGGACAACAAGGGGUACGUCACAAUCGAGGAGGACAGGAAACUUACCGAGGCGAUGGGCUUCACGUACGACGAGACUUGCAAGGCACACUUCAGGAGUCCAGAAGACGGAUCCGAGCCCCGUGUCAGCAUGAAAGAGUGGGUGAAUUAUUUCAGACUGGCGAUUCUCCAGGCCAUGGUGGAGAAGGCCUGCACCCUGGACCAGACCGAGGGCAUCGUGGACCAGAUGCGCGCGGACGUCGAGAAGAACACGCCAGCGGCGGGGGCGGGGUAA